AUAAUUAUUUUUAAAAGUGGCGCGUAGAGGAAGAAAUUUAGAAAUUAAGAACAAUAAAAAUCAUAAAAGAAUCACUAGAAAAAAUUUAAAAUUUUUAAAAAUUUUCAUUUUUUGCAAAUUAAACCUGUUUCACCAGAAUAUAGCAUAUUGGAACUAUAUCUGUAGAGUAAAUAUGAUCGUGAACUGAAAGGGCUUCUUAAAAGAAAAGUGUCUGUACGACAAACAAAAUAACACACCACACACGUUAUACAAUAUAAUAUACAUGUAUACAAUAUCAAUACACGAGUAUAGUCUUCUCAACACUAGUAUGUACACAUACUUCCGCAAGAAAAUAUAUAAAUUAUAUUCUUAUACAAAUAUUAAUUAAAUUUUCUCGAGUGGAAAUGCGAAAUGAAGAAAAAAAUGAAGAAUUAAAAACACAUUGUGUGUAGACAAGUUCGAAAGAGAAGUGCUAUGUAUGAGGAAGUCAUGUGAGAUAAGGUGAAGCUUAUCUCGAGUGUUUUUUGAGGUCCAUUUUUUAUUGAUAUGUCUUUAAAGAAUCUACAUAAUAUCUUGCCGGCAACGGCUUGAAGGAAAAUUGUAUCAUGGCCGAUCCAACAAUACAGACCUUUUGCUGUCAUUCUAAUAAUGAUUCGGAUAUGUCGACAAUAAUAAUGAAACAAUUUAAUACAAAUGCUUAUAAUAUUGUGUGUAUGGUCUCUUCAAUUAUGGGAAUUUUAGGAGCAAUUUAUCAGGUUUUACCUCGUGAGGAUCCUGGCUUGCCACAAGGAUGGCAGAGCUUUUCCGGAACCAGAGGAAGGCACAUAAUCAUUUGUCUUGCUGUAGCUGAUUUUUUCGCUGCUCUAGGUGUUUUCAUCAGAUCUGCAUUAUGGAUGAAUUUUAAAAGUAUAAUGCCAUUAGAACAUGAUACCACAAGUGUUAUUUUCUGCACUCUUUCUUCGGCUUGGAUACAAUACUUUUACAUGGCAACUUGGAUCUGGACCUUUUGUUACGCGAUUGAUAUGAAACUUCUACUUGCAGAACGAUCGGGUUAUCCAAAAUUAUACCACGCUUUUGCUUGGAUCUGCCCGGCAAUUUUGACUACUGUUGGUCUUGUAAUAUUAUACGUACCAAAUGCCAACUGCCAUAGCUUAACGAGCCUCUCAACGGCAUUGCUGAGAAUUCUUCCCAAUUACUGUGUAACAUAUGUCCUUCUGGCAAUUGUUAUGAUUCUUAAUCCACUGCUAUAUAUUUCAUCAACAAAGGAUUUAAAAAAUGCCGUCACAUGUAGUAUGGCACAAAUGACGAAUCGAGAGAGAAAAUUAGUUCAGACUGUACGUUUAAAAUUCGCAUUAAUAAACGUUACUUAUUAUAUUUGUUGGAUUCCAAAUAUAAUUAAUGGAAUUCUCUUGUGGACACUGUGGUUUGAAUUACCGGUCAAACUCAUCAUAACUCUAUGGUUUAUUAUGGCUGUUACGAAUCCACUUCAAGCAUUCUUCAAUGCUUUAGUGUAUCAAAAAUGGGGACGUCGUGAAAAAUUUCGCCUCGAUUGGUGUUAUAAAUUAAAAAGAUUGAGAUUUGAGCAAAGCAGAAGUAAAUCAAGUUCAGGAGUUAGUGAAAUUUCUCCACUUCUAACAUCUCGAUUUCAGCAUACACCGCACACAAGUAUCAAUGGUUCUUCAUCUCUCUAAGACUGUGAUAUUAAAUAUUAGAUUCGAAAAUCGAAAAUCAAAAAUCUAAAGUUCAAAUAAAUUUUUAUAGGUCACAAUUAUUAAAUUAAGUUUUUUAAAACUUUCUUUUUGUCUUUAAAUAGGAUCCUUUACUCAAAAAUAAAAUACGGAUCCCCAAUAAUAUACUAGAUAUUGAAAAUUAUUUUAGAUUACAUUAAUCUAAAAUCUAUUUUUCGAAAAUCAUAGUUUGUGUGCGUGUGUGUUUUUUACUUAUUGUAAUUUAAGAUUUAUAAAAUAUAUGCGUCUUGUGCUUUUCGUAAUACUCUGUACAUAUAUGAAUGUAAACAUUCUUAAAAAUUAAUUUAAAUUAUUAAAUAUUUUGUCUAUUGUAUAUU